UAGUGCUUCGCGGUACGUGAAAAAGUAAAAUAUUGCGGAAAAAAUCCUCGAUCGCCGUCCGGAACCGGUUUCAAUCAGUAGCGAGAACCGCCGGGCAACGCCGGAAUGUGAAAACGGGUGCUGAAGUGUGCGAGUUAGUGCCGAAAAUUCGGAGAUUUUAAAAGAAAUCUCACAACAUCACGAAGAAAAAUUCGUGCAAUCCAAUCAAAAAGAAGCGAAUUCAGAGUUUUUAAGCUGCACAAGCUCUAGUGAGUAAGUUUCACGAUCGGCGCAACGAACGCGGCGGAACUUCCCCGUACGACGAACAAACGCCUCACCAACAAAAAUGGAUGAACUUGGCGAUCAGCCGGCUGCUCCGCCGGUCGAAGACAGCCCGCCAGCAGAAGCAGAAGCACCAGCGCCGGCAGCAGCAAGUGCAGAAGUAGAGGACACGGUUGAGGGUGAAACUAUUAAACAAACGGAUGAUACCGAUGCAGACACAAAGGAAGACGUCGUUGAUGCUAAAGCUACGCCCGCUACCGAGGAAGAAUCGCAAGAAUCUACCUCGGCAGCCGGAGCAGACGAAGUCGAAGGAGAGCAACCCGCUUCCGUUGCGACUAAAAGUGAAGACGAAGAGGGCCCUGCCGAAACCGUAGAACCAGCAGCAGCAGCAGCGUCGUCAAGCCAGCAAGACGGUGAACCGGAGCAAAUGGACGUUGACGCUGCUAGUCCGGAUGUGAAGGAAGAGGAUGAAUCAUUUAAAAAAGACAGUGAUGGCAAUGAUGAGGGUGGUGGUGCAGCAACAACAACAACACCAGCAGAAGAAACAGCAGCCAGUAAAGACGACGGAGAUAGUUUCACGCCAACGCUGGAGCCCGUGAGCGAGAAGGGUGAAAGUCAGUGCGUCGUCGAGCGAGAGGAAGAAGAAGGUGCUGCCGGCAGCAGUCGUCCGGGCAGCGCAGCUGCGGGCGAUUUACUGGACGACAUCGAAAUGACGAACGUCGACGAAAGUCGACACCACGGCGAUGAGGGUGAACCGAUGGAUGAAACGGACAAAUCGCUUGAUCAAUCGGCAACCGGCGCUGUCGCUACGUUGGAUCCAUUCGAUCAGGUCAAGCAUGCAGCGGAACAAUCGAAAGAUGAAUCGUCGAUUCAGAAUGAUGAAAGCGGCGUCGGCACCGGCGGGGACGACAACAAUGAUGCGACGAUGAACAACAGCACCGAGGCGGACGAAACGCUGCAGACAACGGAGAAUGACACGUCGGCGUUAAACGAAACCACCCUGUCCGCCGCCACCGAGACGGCUGAGGAUAGUGUGGCUGAAGAUGGAGUUGUUGAGCUGACUGAAGGGGAGGGAGUUGAUGAAAAUGUUUGCCUGCUGCCGGACGAUGAGCGCGAGCUAUCGGAUGCGGAUAAGGAACGUGCCCGGGUGGUUCGUGAAGCCGCUGAAGAAGCCGAGAAAAGUCAGGAUGGAAUGGAUAAAACCGGGGAUGAACCGGCGGAGAAAACAACGACGGGUGAUAAAACACCACCGGUGGAACCGGUGGAUGGCGACGUUGUGGAUGCGGGAAAGGAAACCGCUGCUGAAAAAGAAACUACCGCUGCUGAGAAAGCAACGGAUGCCGUCGCCGAGCCAGCAGCUGAAACCGUUGAUUUGGAGAAGGAACCAUCGCCCGAGGUACGGCUGGAAUCGGGUGCCGAGCACAUCGAGGAGAUUGAACCGGAGCAAGAUCAUGCUGCCGAUGCGCCUCCGCAGGUGAAUGAAAUUCGAGAGGUACCGGAACCGAUGGAGCAAACGUGCUUGAAAUGUGCAGCGAGCAAGCCCUGCGAGUACAGUCUAAUACAGGAGGAUGGUGAGGAGGCAAAGUUUAUCUGUUCGUUCGACUGCGUCCAGCAGAUGCGAACCGAAAAUCCCGGAAAGUAUGCGCUGAUUCAAAAGCGAGUCGCGAUCGUGCAGAUUUUUGACUGCGAGAAAAGUUGCGUUCGUUGUGAGAAGAAAACCACCUGCCAGUAUCGGUACCAGAGUGGAAAGCCGGACAGCGAAGACCGCUACAAGUACCUUUGCGAUACGAAGUGCGUCGAGCAUCUGACUUCGAUCAAUGGGGAAAAGUACGUGCUGAAGAGGAAGCGUUAUCUGGUUGAUGAGAAGUCCGACCCGGAGGAGAAAAAGUGCAUCCAGUGCAAUGAGAUUAAGAAUUGCAAGUACUACUUCUCCCAGGAUGACGAUGAGAUGUUCAUUUGUCACGAAGACUGCUUGAAUUUGCUGAUGACGGAACAUCAGGAUCUGUUCCGUUUGAAGCGGCGAUCGGUACGGGUUAGAGAUCUGCCGAAACGGAUCCCCAACGAACCGGAGACUCCGGUGGAGAACGUAAAGGCAGUUGCCCGCUCGGAGGAGGAAGCCGAACACGCUCGGCUGGAGCGUGAAGCUAGCUAUAUGAGACGGUGCGCACAGUGCUUUGGACUGAUUCAGCUGACCGAGAAAACACUGCAGUGGGAGACGCUUGAUUUCUGUAACGAGAAAUGCCUGGGAGUGUAUCAGAACUCGGUCGGCUCGAACUGUGCCAUGUGCAGCAGUUCGGUUUCGGUCACCAGUCUGGGUAAGUACUGCGUGCGGUUCGGAUUCGAUGUGCGGCAGUUCUGCCGCUCCAGUUGUCUGGACCAGUACAAGAAGAAUUUGAAAGUUUGUUCCUACUGUCAGCGAGAUAUCACCAUCGGUGAGCUGGGAUUCCUGGCGCCGGUCGGGGAUAAAGGUCUUUUUAAGGACUUUUGUACGCAAAUCUGUUUGAAGAAGUACGAGGAAGUUCUGGAUCCGAGCAAAAAACAGGUUCCCCAUGUGUGUGCCGUCUGUAAUCAUGAGAAGGUCACAAAGAUCAACGUAAUGCUAGACAAUCGGGAGCAUUUCUUCUGCAGUACGCCGUGCUUUUCGGCGUUCAAAUUCGUUAACAACGUGAACCCGGAUGAGUGUGCCAUGUGUAAGACCUACUUCGAGCGGAAGUCGACCGAUAGUUUUACCAUAUUUACCACGGAUCGAGGUCAGGAAGGUGCCCCGUUCUGCUCGAAAAUAUGCAUGAAUCUCUACAUCAUCACCAACCGAAAGAUUGUGUCGUGCAAUUGGUGCAAGGUGAAGAAAUACAACUUUGACAUGAUCCAGAAGGUGGUUGGCAACAUGGCAAUGUGUUCGCUGAACUGUCUAACGCUGUGCGAAGUCUCGGUGAACGCACUUUCCAUGAAGCAGAUCCAUUGCGAUCACUGUAAACAGCUGAAAACGCCACAAUAUCACCUGACGAUGAGCGAUGCGAGUGUACGUAAUUUCUGUACCUACCAGUGUGUGAUGUCCUUCCAGAGUCAGUUCAACAAAAUUCCUCUCACCAUUGAUUCGGAAGAAAUCCGAAACGCACCGGUACCGACCGGAUUGCCCAAGCGUGUUAAGAAAACGGGAACGCUGCCUGCAGCAGCCAUCGCAGCUGCUGCCGCAUCUUCACCGCUGCCACAAAGUUCUGCGAGCCAUUUGCCACAGAAAAAAGGAAGGCCCCCACGAACAGCGGCUGCAGUUGCCAAUGCCGUUAUGACUUCUGGCGAUCUGCCUGUAAUUUCAUCGGUGCAAUCACUGGCCGGCCAGGUGGGUAGUGCUAACCGAUCGACCCGUUCGAAAGUGGGUCGUCCUUCGACGGCUUCCUCUACACCAGGUAUGGAUCUGCCAGAAUUAAGAGUUUCUCUAGAACCACUCAGCGUCCAACUAACGUCCGUUCAGCAGCGUUUUGAAGCACCGGAGCCCCCACCACCGAAGGUGGAACUUAAAACGCAAAUCGUUACAGUUCCAGCCGUUCCUGCUGAGGUGGCAAAUGCCGGCACAAUGUGCAAACCCAUCCAGCAAUCGAAAGCGGUUAGCUGCCGACCGGUUCAAUGUAACGUCGAAUGCCAAACAGAAGAUUGGCUGCAGCGAAAGAUUGUCAUUCCGAUUCCCGUUCCCAUCUACGUCCCAACGCCGAUGCACAUGUACUCGCUGCCCUGUCCGAUUCCCGUACCGUUCCCGCUUCCAAUACCGGUACCGGUUUUCAUUCCAACAACGCGCAACUCCGCUGCCGGCAUCAUGAAAGAAAUCAAAAAAAUCCAAGACAAAAUGCCUACCGAUCCGUACGAGGCAGAACUCCUAAUGAUGGCCGAGAUGGUUGCCGGCGACAAGAAGAAGGACGACAGCGAUUCCGACUCGGACGAAGACGCUGGCGAUCAGUUCGCAACCGGAACCGCCGAUCACGGCAUGGAAAACAACACCUCCUUCAACGAAGAUCUGGUCCAGAUAGCGCUGAAAAUGGCAUCCAACGAUUUCGAAGACCCGCCCGUCGAUCUGGAAUCGGCGAUGCAGGCAAACACAAUCGCUCCCCAGCCGCCGGGCCAUCACGGGUACGACGACGGUUCGCAGCAGCAGCUGCACCACCAGCAGCUGAUGAUGCUCGAGCAGCAACGGCAGGCUCAACAGGCGGCGGCGCUUACCACCCAGCGGGGCGGUCGCAAACGGGCCGCCAACUCGCGGGCAAACAACAACAACCGCCAGCAGAUAUCGCCCAACAAACGCAUCAAACGCGAGCAAAUCAGCGAACCUUCGCCGGAACCGCCGCGAGAGCCGGCCGAAAAGCCGGACGCCAACAUGUGUCUCAAGUACACGUUCGGUGUGAACGCCUGGAAGCAGUGGGUCCUGACCAAGAAUGCCGACCUGGAGAAGAGCACCAUCCGGAGGAAACCGUUCAAGUCGGAAAUACUGCAACUGACGGCGGAUGAGCUCAACUAUUCGCUCUGUCUGUUCGUGAAGGAAGUCCGCAAGCCGAACGGCACCGAGUAUGCACCCGAUACGAUCUACUAUCUGGUGUUAGGCAUUCAGCAAUAUUUGUUCGAGAACGGACGAAUCGAUAACAUCUUUACCGAUCCCUACUACGAGCGCUUCACCGACUGUCUGGAUGAGGUGGCGAAGAAAUUCUCCGUGCUAUACAAUGAUUCCCAAUACAUCGUGACCCGUGUCGAGGAGGAGCACCUGUGGGAGUGCAAACAGCUGGGCGCACACUCACCCCACGUGCUGCUGAGCACGCUAAUGUUCUUCAACACAAAGCAUUUCAAUCUAACGACGGUCGAGGAACAUAUGGAGCUCAGCUUUUCGCACAUUAUGAAACACUGGAAGCGGAACCCGAACCAGGGCGGUGCCAAAAUGCCUGGAUCGCGUAACGUUCUGCUACGAUUCUAUCCUCCGCAGUCGUCGCUUGCUGCCAACUCGCGAAAGAAAAAGGUCUACGAACAGCAGGAGAACGAGGAAAAUCCGCUGAGGUGCCCGGUGAAGUUGUACGAAUUUUACUUGUCGAAAUGCCCGGAGAGCGUUAAAACGCGCAAUGACGUGUUCUAUCUGCAGCCGGAACGAUCCUGCGUGCCCGAUUCACCCGUCUGGUACUCGACGCAAGCUUUGAGCAAGGAGGCCCUAAGCAAAAUGCUGCACCGCGUGAAGAUGGUAAAGGAAAUCAACAUCGCGCUGCUCACCAGCUAAUGAAACGAGACGCACUUCGAUGAGGAUAACACUAGCAAUACCACCACCAGUUCCAACGCCACAACCGGUACCGGUACCAGUAGCUUCUGCUCUACGAUGAACAGCGUAGCCAAUGCGCUCAGUUCACUUCCCUUUCGAACACUGCAGUCGUCACUCCAGCAGCUGCAGCAAAACCAUCAACAACAGCAGCAAUCGGCUGCUUCACAACAGCAACAGCAGCACCAGCAAGCGCAAAAUCACUAUCCCCAGCAGAACAGCAGCAAUGCGCAGAACUCUUCGGUUACGGCGACAGGCCAGCCGCCGACCAGUUUUAUGGCCAACAAUACAACACAUCCGCCACCUCCGCCAGACUACGAUUACUACUAUAACGACUAUUAUCGCCGUUGGAGUGGCAUUAUGAAUUUCUACAAAUAGCAGAAUGGUAAGCAACUGAAACGGAACCAUGGCGGCGGGAACUGCCACAGGUAAGCAAAGUUAAUUCUCGUCACCGUUUUAAAAAAACCAGAAAACCGAGUGAUUUAAAGAUCAACGUAUCCCGAAGGAAGAGGAGGAAGCACGAUACAGAGAUCUCAAAACGUGCAAAGCACCACUCGUAAAAAAAAUUAAUGAAAAACAAAAAACACUUCCUCCGCCGUCACAAAAAAUGAAACGAGCUAUAAGUUUUACUAAGUUUUCGUUAAAAAGAAUCAUCCUUUGAGUCAGCGUAGAAACUAUGAAAAAGUCUAUGUCACCAGUUGCGUGGCUGGAUGUUUGUUUAUUUUUUUCUAGUGCUUUUUAAGUUUUAAGGCAAGAGACUCUAUUUUUUCCCAUAACUGAAUAGAAACGAUAAGUGAAUCUAAGGAAAGUAUGAACGGCAGGAAGUUUCCUUUUUUUUUUUUGUAAAUAUUGUCUUAACCGCUUGAUAGAGGUAACUUCACUCAACUCUGAACAUAGAAAACUAAAAAAAAUCAAUAAAAAAAAUUAAAAAAUCGAGGAUAAACACAAACAUUAAGUCAGUGGAAUCGAUAAGAGAACAUAGUUUUUAGGUGGAAAUGAGACAGAAAGAAUAAUUACUGCAACACACACACACAUAUUAGUAUAGAACAGCUAAACACAUUUUAUUGUUAGAAGCAUUUGAGCAGAAAACAGAUUAUCAAAAUUUGAGCUCUCCUUUGCACUUAACGAAGAACGGUUUGCUGUACAAAAAAGCAAGCACAUAGGGCGUUUUUUUUCGGUUGUUUUUUCCCCAUUACGAUUUAAUUUCUCCUUUUGUUUUUGGUCAGUGUAUCAAGCUGAGUAGAUACCCCUAACUGGAUAACUAAUAGCAGAAAUGUUCUAGUUUCAUAGGCAUUAAAACUUUAUCACUAUCACAGAGAAGCAGAGAAAGAGAGAGAGAGAGAUGGAUAUUUUCCAAAAUGUAAAAAUAGUGUCAAGGAAACGGACAAAAAUAGUCACAACAAACAGACAAACAUUAUUAAUCGGAGAAC